CAAUCAGGGUAGGGGAUGGAGGCAAGUGGGGGUCGCGCCUGGAGCGGCGCCUCGGCCUCGGGAGCCGCAGCUGCAGCCCGGUGCUGAGCUGAGAUGACUCAAGCCUGACAUUCCAUGAUCCAGAAUCCUGACAGGUGCUCACGGGCUCUGCUGUCACUGCUGUGUGGAUGGUUUAAAACCACGUGGCAGUCGGGCUGGGAGCUGAGGCUUUCCCUCUGCCUGGAUGUGUGGGAACUCCCUGCCAACUUGAUUCGCAGAUCUGGGGGGGAUCCACCCCCACCCCACGAGGACAGCACAGUCCUCCGUUUCGUGGGUGGGGUUCCAGGUGCCAGCCAGCUGAAGAAUGGCCACCCCUGUGGUCACCAAGACCGCCUGGAAGCUGCAGGAGAUUGUUGCCCACGCCAGCAACGUGUCCUCACUGGUGCUGGGCAAAGCCUCCGGGCGGCUGCUGGCUACAGGCGGGGAUGACUGCCGAGUCAACCUGUGGUCCAUCAACAAGCCCAACUGCAUCAUGAGCCUGACGGGUCACACGUCCCCUGUGGAGAGUGUCCGCCUCAACACCCCCGAGGAGCUCAUUGUGGCCGGCUCCCAGUCAGGCUCCAUCCGUGUUUGGGACCUGGAAGCUGCCAAAAUUCUUCGCACACUCAUGGGACACAAAGCCAACAUCUGCAGCCUGGAUUUCCACCCGUACGGCGAGUUUGUAGCCUCCGGUUCCCAGGACACGAACAUCAAGCUCUGGGACAUCAGAAGGAAAGGCUGCGUCUUCCGAUACAGGGGCCACAGCCAGGCUGUGCGGUGUCUCCGGUUCAGCCCCGACGGGAAGUGGUUGGCAUCAGCUGCAGAUGACCACACAGUGAAGCUGUGGGAUCUGACUGCUGGCAAGAUGAUGUCCGAGUUCCCUGGGCACACGGGGCCUGUCAACGUGGUAGAGUUUCACCCCAACGAGUACCUCCUGGCGUCUGGCAGCUCCGACAGGACGAUCCGCUUCUGGGAUCUGGAGAAAUUCCAGGUGGUGAGCUGCAUCGAAGGGGAGCCGGGGCCCGUCAGGAGCGUCCUGUUCAACCCUGACGGCUGCUGCCUGUACAGCGGCUGCCAGGACUCACUGCGCGUCUAUGGCUGGGAGCCCGAGCGCUGCUUUGACGUGGUCCUGGUCAGCUGGGGCAAGGUGGCCGACCUGGCCAUCUGCAACGACCAGCUGAUCGGCGUGGCCUUCUCUCAGAGCAACGUCUCCUCCUAUGUGGUGGACCUGACGCGGGUCACCAGGACAGGCACAGUGGCCCAGGACCCCGUGCAGGACAGCCAGCCCCUGGCACAGCAGCCGCCCACCCCCGGCGCACCCCUCCGGCGCAUCUACGAGCGGCCCAGCACGACCUGCAGCAAGCCUCAGAGGGUGAAGCAGAACUCGGAGAGUGAGCGCCGCAGCCCCAGCAGCGAGGACGACCGGGACGAGAGGGAGUCCAGGGCAGAGAUCCAGAACACCGAGGACUACAAUGAGAUCUUCCAGCCCAAGAACAGCAUCAGUCGGACACCACCCCGGAGAAGUGAGCCCUUCCCUGCACCCCCAGAGGAUGAAAUGGCCACAGCAAAGGAGGCAGCAAAGCCCAGCCCAGCCAUGGACGUCCAGUGCCCAAUGUCAAAUCCCGAGGCCCCGUCUUGGCCCCCGGUCGUCACCUCUCCACCUGCACCCAAGGUGGAGCCUGCCAUCAUCCCUGCCACCCGGAACGAGCCCAUCGGGCUGAAGGCCUCUGACUUCCUGCCUGCUGUGAAGCUCCCGCAGCAGGCGGAGCUGGUGGACGAGGAUGCCAUGUCCCAGAUCCGCAAAGGCCACGACACCAUGUGCGUGGUGCUCACCAGCCGCCACAAGAACCUGGACACGGUGCGGGCCGUGUGGACCACGGGCGACAUCAAGACGUCAGUGGACUCUGCGGUGGCCAUCAACGACCUGUCGGUGGUGGUGGACCUCCUGAACAUCGUCAACCAGAAAGCCUCCCUGUGGAAGCUGGACCUGUGCACCGCUGUCCUGCCACAGAUCGAGAAGCUGCUGCAGAGCAAGUAUGAGAGCUAUGUCCAGACGGGCUGCACCUCCCUCAAACUGAUCUUGCAGCGGUUUCUGCCCCUGAUCACUGACAUUCUGGCGGCGCCUCCCUCCGUGGGCGUGGACAUUACCCGGGAGGAGAGGCUACACAAGUGCCGGCUCUGCUACAAGCAGCUCAAGAGCAUCAGUGGCCUCGUCAGGAGCAAGUCGGGCCUGAGUGGCCGCCAUGGCAGUGCCUUCCGCGAGCUGCACCUGCUCAUGGCCAGUUUGGACUGAAGAGCCCCUUUGGGGAGGGUGGGGGUGCUCAGCAGCUCGCAGGGCCCAGCCUCAGCCCUGAUGCCUAUCUCUUGUGCGCCCACCAGUCCACGAGCCUCUGUCUGUGUGAGCCCCAUGCUGCCCGUGGCCGUCCAGGAGGGGGUGGUGCUGGCCCACUGGCCACUUCCACGGCCUUGAACUCUGAGUCCAGUAAUGGCUACUCAGCUUUGCCCAACUCUUGCUUCUGGGUGCAGGGAGCUGAGUCCCAGGGCUGUUGCUGUAAUGUAUAAGGUGAAUUUUAUUAAAUUUGUAACUAUUCCUGA